AUGGGUGUCGGCGGAUCUCAAGAGAAUAUACAUAAAAAACCCGUUGUGCUUAUUGUUGGAGGGGGCUAUGCUGGUGUUCAAUGUGCGAAAUUAUUGGAUAAAUCUGACCAAUUUUUUGUCAUACUGAUUGACCGCAAAUCUUAUUUUCUUCAUAACGUUGCUGCAUUACGUGCAACAGUAGAAGAAAAUUAUGCUCAGAAGAUUAUUAUACCUUACGAUCGACUGCUAACAAACGGUUGUGUUAUCCAAGCGGAAGUUAUAUCAAUCCUGACGGAUAGCAUACAAGUUCAUGGAUAUCACGAUCCAAUACAUUUCAAUUAUUUAGUUAUUGCCACUGGUUCAUCCUAUGCAUUUCCUGGUAAAGUAGCUGAAGUCGCCAGUUCCAAGGCAAUAAGUCUUUAUAAUAAUCUUCAAAAAAAGAUCAAAGAGGCGCAACAAAUCUUGAUUAUUGGUGGCGGACCAGUUGGUAUUGAACUCGCGGGUGAAAUAGUCACUGAUUUCCCUGGUAAAGAUAUAACGAUUGUUCAUAAUCAACCAACAUUACUACAGCCAAAGCAAUUUCAAGACAAACUCUAUGCUCGUUUACAUGAAAAUCUUUCCAAAUUGCACAUCACAGUUAUAUUAAAUGACGGCAUACAAAUACCAACUAAUGAAGAUAAUCCCAAUAUGAAUUAUAUUGAAGGACGAAAAACAUAUGUAACUGAAAAAAAUCAACGCAGCAUCACGGCUGAUUUAACAUUUGUAUGUGUUGGUGCACGUGUUAAUAACAAAAGUAUCAGCAAUGGUCCUUUGCAAUCGAAAAUAAAUCCUCACACAGGUCGAUUAAUGGUUAAUAAUUACUUGCAAGUCGAUGGUUACGAGAAGAUCUUUGCUAUUGGCGACAUAAGUGACAAAGAAGCUAAAUUUGCGUAUAUAGCAGCAGAUCAAGCUAAUUACGUUGCCAAAUUGAUUGUAUUGAUUGAAAAGCAAAAGCCAUAUCCAAAGCCAUAUCAAAUCCAUACAAAUUCCCUCAUUCUAUUAACCCUCGGCCGUAAUGGUGGUGUUGGACAACUACCAACUAGUAGCGGAACAUUGAUUGGUAAUAUAGCUGUCAAAUGUUUAAAAUCGAAAGAUAUCUUCACAUCUCGGUAUCGAGCAGCAUUGAAUUAUCAAUCAGAAAGUGAUACAGAAACAAAGACCGGGUAUUCGCAUAAGCUUGAUUCGAUCCAAUCGAUCUUAUCAGUCACAGAAAAAGAUGCUCGAGAUUUACUUGCAGGAUUAUCGACUCGAGAACUCGCAGCUGGACAAGAUUUUAUUUGA